AUGGGCGGCGUGGAAGGAAGGAGAAGGAAAGUCAAGAGGGAAUACGUGAAGGAAAAGGCGAGGAAAGUUAUAGCAAUGAAGAAAAUGUCCAGUUGGUCGGUAGAGGAGCAAUUUCAAGACAGCGUUCAACGUGUGCGUAGUUGGCCAUUUCACCCAUUUUUAGGUGGCGCGAUGCCGACGGAAAUGGCUUUAACUUGGAGCUUGGUUGGACCCAUGCCAUGGCGGCCGCAGCAGCUAGACAGCAUCUGGAUCUCGCUGCUGGCUACUUUUGGUUCAUUGGUUGUGUGGCUGUCAACACUCAACCAUGAUUCUUGA